AUCUACAUCACCAAUUAUGACCUGCAACAGUGGCUCCCUCUAAUUUUAAUUGCAUUUUCCGUAGUUUGCGCUGCGCCUUCUGUCUGUGGUUUCCCGCUAUUUUUGCCACUCUGGCAGCGCUUCAACGGUCAGCUGUUUCUCUCUUCUUUGGCAACGCAUUGUUUUGCUUUGUUUAUUACUGUAUUAAAUGUUUUUUUAGGAUUAAAGCCACAGUGUUCAUGCUGGAGGUGCCCCUAGAGAUGGUGAGGAACAGAAGCCGCACAAGGAGCAGCCAGCGCAGCCGACGCGGCCGCAGGCAGCAGAAGGAGGCUGCGGUCAGACAAGCGGCAUCAUCGAUCAUGGGAGGAGGAACGGCAGACGAGAUGUGGAGCAACACGCACAGAAGGCUCUUCCAGUGGCACCACAUGCAGGUGCAGCGUCUUUGCCAAGGACAAUAUCGGCAACAGGAGGAGCGCGAGCAGUGCCUGGAGGAGAGCUCCACUUCCGAAGCCGAAGAGGAGGCGGCGACGGCAGCUGCGGCGACAACCAUCGACGAGGAAUACUUGCAGUUCCUGGCAGUGACACUCAGGCAUCAGCAGGAGCUAAAGCAACGACGUGCUGCCGCAUCGAUAUCCACACCGGACUCAACCUUAGAUUAAGUUUAGGCUAAGAUUUUGUAUCUUUUUUACGCGAGUAGUAAACGUUGCCCCACGACCGCACAAAGAAAGCCGCCUUGGGAUGUCUGAUUUUUGAGUUCGUCGUCGGAGGCACAACUGUA